AUGUAUUUCAGUCUAGGCCUGAUCUGCCUCAGGCCGACAAUUUGUAGCCUGGCCUGGCCUGGCCUGUCAGUUGAAUGUAUUCUGUCGACCGUUGUAGAGAAAGAACCUGUAAUGAAUUGUAUCUAUAUCGAACCAAUACCUGAGCAUACUGAACAAAAUGCUAUAAAACAGUUAUUUCCAAAGUCAACAAAGAUUGAAAUUUUUUCACCGCAAUCCAAAACACCAGGUGACAUGAGAACUGGACAUGCACUUGUCACAUUUGCUGAUACCGCUAAAGCAGCAGCUGCUAUGGAAGAAGGGACAACAUUAACAUUGAAUAACAGACAAUUGAAACUAUCCUACUGUACUAAACAAAAGAUUACUGAAUCUCGUGUAUCAGAACAUUGUACACAAACGUUAUUUAAUCAACAAAUUUCCAACAUUAAUAAGGAAGAGGAUUUUUUAUCCAAUGAACAAUGUAGCGAUAAUAUACGAGACAUUGAAAAACUCAAACAUACAGUUUUAAUUGGUAAUGUUCAUGAAAAAGUUCCAAAUUUGAAUAGAAUUAUAAGAUUGUUUAUAAGUUCGACAUUUAAGGAUAUGAGCGAUGAAAGAGAUAAAAUUAUGCAUGUAAUCUAUCCAAAACUUGAAAAAUAUUGUUCCAGUAAGGGUUAUAUAUUGCAAAUAGUUGAUAUGAGAUGGGGAAUAUUUGAUUCAGCUGCUAAUGAACAAUUGACAACAGAUAUUUGUUUAGAUGAAGUUAAAUUAGCUAGAGAAUUAUCAAAUGGUCCAUUUUUUAUUGCUAUAUUAUCUCAUCGUUAUGGAUCAAAAUUUCCACCACGAUCUAUUCCGGAAUAUGAAUUUAAUAUUUUACUUGAACAAUGUGAUCAAAAUGGUAAAAAUUUACUGAAUAAAUGGUAUAAAGUAGAUAAAAAUAAUGUACCACCAUUAUAUAUUCUAAAAUCAGUUGAAGAAGGUGAACUGAAAACUCAAUGGAACAACACAGAUUACAAAUUAGUUUCUAAUCUUUUGUAUAAUAAGGCACAAGCUGCUAAUUUAGAUGAAGAUACAUUAAUGAAAUAUACAAGAUCAGUAACAGAAUUAGAAAUCAAAGAGGGUAUAUUCAAUACAAAAGAUUACAAUUUCCGAUGUUUAGUAUUUCUGAGAAAAAUAAAUGAUUUUGAUCAAUUGAAAAGUGAAACAGUUGAUCCCAGUUCUAUUCACAUUUUUAAGAAAUAUGUUGAUAUGGAUAGAGAUACGAACAAUAUUGAUUUGGCUAGUCAACAAAUGAUUAAUAAUUUAAAAGAGAGAUUAGCACGAAAAUUACAAAAACGAAAUGUAAAACAUUUAUCUGUCGAAAUUGAUUAUAAACCUGAUGUAAUACAAAAUGAUAUGAUGGAUGAAAAAUUUCGAAAUUAUUUAGACGAAUUUUCAGAAUCAUUUGAAAAAACAGUAGUUAAUUUAGUUGAAGCAAAUUUAAAUAGAAAUCAAAUAUUAUUUUAUGUGCUAGAAAACUAUGCCGAUUUAUUUCAUCAUAUUCGAUUUUGUCAAGAUAAAGUGAAAGGUUUUACGGGACGAAAUUUAUUCAUAAAUCAAAUUAAAUCAUUAUUAGUCGAUGAUAAUAGUCAAUACAUUGUUAUUCAUGGUAUUUCAGGAAGUGGAAAAACCAGUUUAAUUGCAAAGGUAGCAGAAAAAGUGAAAGACUGGUUUAGUAACAUAAAUUUUGUACUCGUUCUUCGAUUCAUUGGAACAUCUGAAGAUUCGUAUAACAUACAAAAUUUAUUAUCUUCAAUAAUAAAACAAUUGGCACAUCGAUUUAAUUUAAUUAUUAAUUAUGAAGAAAUGUCACCAAUAGAUAAAUUAUAUAAUUAUUUUAAAAUAUUUUUGAUGGAAGUUAGUAAAGAAUGUGGAAAUGAACGUAUAUUUAUUCUAUUAGAUUCAUUAGAUCAACUAUCAGCUGAAUAUGAUGGUAGAAAACUUGAUUGGUUUCCAACAAAUUUACCAAAAAAUAUAAAUUUAAUUAUUUCUACUUUGACUGAUAACAAGUAUCAAGCAUUUCCCGCAAUAAAAAAUUUAGUUAAAACUCAAAAUAGUUAUAUCGAAAUUUUAGAUUUAACUGAAGAAGAAAUACCAUCUAUUAUUAAAUAUAGACUUGAUAUGGCUAAAAGAACUCUAACAGAUGAACAAAUGAGAUUUUUACUCAAUAUUUUUAAAACAUGUAGUACUCCACUCUAUAUAAAACUUAUUAUGGAUCAAGCAAUAGAAUGGAAACAUUCAACGAAAAUAGAAGAUAUUUCUAUUAGUUAUGAAGUUAAACCAGCUGUACAAGCUUUACUUGAAAAAUUAGAAAAAUCCUAUGGAACAGUAUUUGUAAAAAAAGUUUUACAAUAUAUGACAUUGAGUCGUCAUGGUUUCUAUGAAAAUUAUUUUCAAGAUAUACUAGCAAAGGAUGAAAAUGUAUUUGAAUUUCUUGGAGAACAAUUUAAACAUGAUAAAUUAUUAAAUAGAAUGCCACAAAUAUUUCUUAUUCGAUUAAUUCAUGCAUUAAGAGAAUAUUUAAGUGGGCCUAUGUAUCGUUGGUAUCAUCGAAUGUUUUGGGAAGUUGCACAAGAUAAAUAUUGUCAAGAUAUUGAAAGUAAUCAAAAUUGUCAUAAAAUUAUUGUUAAAACAUUUCAACAUGAAAAAUUUAAUAAAUUAAAUCCAUUUUGGAUGAAAGAAUUACCAUAUCAUGCAACAUGUUCAAAUAAUAUUAAUGAUUUAAAAAAUAAUUUUUUACUUGAUCUUAAAUUUAUGCAAAUAAAAAUUGAAACAACAGAUGUUGAUCAACUUAUAAAUGAUUAUGAAUAUGCAGUUACAAUUCAUAAUCAAGAUCAAACAUUAAAAUUAGUACAUCAAACACUGCUUAUAGCUGCAUAUAAAAUUCGUCUAUGUCCAGCAGAACUUCCUGGACAAUUAUUUGGUCGAUUAUAUGGAUAUAAAACUGACUCUGAUUUAGAACAUUUACUUGAACAAUGUCUUUCACCUCCUCAAGAAUCAAUAAUUUCAAAUAAAAAUUUUAUGGCCGGUCCAAAUAAUUUAUUAAGUAAAAGUAUAAUUGCUCAUAAAACUGAAAUAAAAUCUACAUUAAUUAGUAAUGAUAAUUGUUAUAUAAUUUCUUGUUCAUCAGAUAAUUGUAUUAAAGUAUUUUAUGCAAAUAAUUUUAUGGAAAAAAUAACUAUUCAUAAAAAAUAUGAUUCAACUAGUAUGUUAACAAUUUCAAAAGAUGAUAAAAUUUUAUAUGCAUGGUGUAAAAUAACAAAUGAAAAACAAAAAAAUGAACCAAUUAUUGAAGCAUAUGAUUUUAAUAAAGGUGAUUACUUAUUUAAAGUUGAUUCAAACAUUUUGCAGGAUGAUCCAACAAAACAUCGUGAAAUUUUAUUUAGUGAUUUGAAGAAUGAAUUAUGGUUAGUGACAAAAAAUAAUUGGUGCCAUAUUGAUUGGCAAACUGGUGUUGUUCAAUGUGUCAGCAAAAUUCCACAAGAGUUUGCACAAAAGUCCGAUAAAAUGUUAUGUAUAGAUAAAGCAUAUGAUAGGAUUGUGAUGGGUCUUGAUAUUGAAUCGAUUGUCUUGUCAAUAAAUGAAAAUGGAAAUUACAAAUUUCAUGAUUUUAAUGAUGAAACAGUAAUGGGACGUCGAUUUUUAAUACUACCAAAUCUCACAUUAGCUAUAUCAAUGAGACGUAUUUUCAAAUCACUAUUUGAUGAUAAAGAUAUGGAAUGGAAUAUAUUAUUAUGUAAUCUUGAAACAUUAGAAGUACAAAUAAGAAUUCCAAUAAGUAAAGCAAUUAGAAUGUGGAGAUGUUCUCUAAAUAAUAGAAUAAUUUUUUGUAAUGCUUUCAAUUAUAUUUAUGUUCUUGAUAUUGAAAAUAGACAAACAAAUUUUGUUUUAGAACAUAGUUCUCAAAUGAAUAGUUGUUCUGGUUUAAAUGAUUCAACUAUAAUAAGUGCAACUUGGGAUAAUAAAUUGAAUGUAUGGGAUUUAAAAGAGGCUGCACAGAUUAUUGAUAACUCAACUCAGAAAGAGAACAAUGUAAAUUUAUUUGAUACAAAUAAUUCACGAAUGAUACGAUUUUUAUAUAAUGAUUUUAAUACAUUAUCACGAUAUACUUUCGUUUAUAAUAUUUUUGAUGAAAAUUUUAAAGAACUUUUCAUAUUAUUUGAUAUAUCAACACAUCAAAUAACAAGAAAAUGUGAAAUAGAAGAUUUUUCACGUAAUGAUUUACAACCAAUGUGUUUUAUAAAUGAUAAAACUGUAAUUUUAUUGUGUCAUUCAGAAAAAAUUUAUUAUUUAUUAAAUAUUGAUCAAUUUACAAUUAUAAAACAAUUAACUUGUGAUGAAUCAAGAAUAUUUAAAAAAAUAAAUCAAAAUCAAAUUGUUAUGAGUAUCGUAAAUAGUGGAAACAAUGAGUGUUCAUUGAUUUUAUUUGAUUGUAAUUUACUAAAUUUUGAAAUAAUAAUUCCAUUCUGGACUGAUAUUGAAUGGUAUACAUUAAAUGAAUGUACAAUUAUAUAUAAAACAAAAUUAAAUCAAAUUAUAAAUAUAUACAAAUUUUCGGAAAAAAGUAAUAAAAAUAUAGAAUUGGAACUAAAAAAUGAUCAACAAAUUUCAGAAGUAAUAUCAUCAUUAAAAGGAAAAUAUUUAGCAAUUAUAUAUAAAGAUGAUGAAAAGACAAAAUCUAUAACUGUUUAUAAAAUUGAAAAUAGUGAAAAAUAUUAUGAAAAACUAAAAUUAACAAAUUUAUUACAUACAAAAUUCAUAGGUGAUCAAUAUUUAUUAUAUCAAUAUAAACAGAGUACAGAUCGAUUAACUUAUUGUUGUAAUCUAUCAAAUAAUAUGGAACAUCUAUGGUUUAAAGAUGAUGAUUUACUAGGCAAUUUUGAUUGUCUUAAACAUGAAGAAUCAAAAUAUAUUUGGUAUCAACGAUAUCAAGUUAGCCGAAUGAAUAGAGUUAAAACAGAUAUUUCUGUAUUUCAUACCAGUGACAUAUCAAAACCAGUUGCAAGUUUAGAUGUUGAUUGUCGUCUUAAAAUAAAUCAAGUGGCAUUAUUAGACAAUGGAAAUGCAUUUUUAGUUAAAAUACUUGACAAACUGGAAUUUGUGGCAUUUUCUCUCAAAUCGAAAACGAUCGAUAUUCAAAAAAAUUUAAUUAAAUUUGAUGAUUUCAAAUUAAAUGAUUUAACAACAGUGUUUCCUUUGAAAAAGUCAACACUUUAUCAUUUAUGUCUUCAAUUUUAA